CCACAUAUACAUAUAUAUAGACGCAUAUACAUAUAUACAAUAAACAGCAUCCGACCAUGCAUGCAUUAUUCUUAUACCCAAAAUCAAAUAUCCACAAAUUUGCAUUUUUCUUUACAGAAAAAAUAAGAAGAUAGACUAAUACAGAAUAAAUAUUAAGUAACCAAUAAAUAUGCUUCAGUAAGCUUGUAAGCCGAACCGACCGAAGAAGGAAGUGCGUAACGGUGAAGCCUCUCGCUCUGCCUCUGUACUCUUUGAUAUCUCAGUGCUGUUUAAGCUUCGUCUGUGAGUUUGUGUGAUAGUAUCUCUCCGCUCUUCUCUCACUAAUGUCAUGUAUUUACCCUCAUGGAUUGGACAUUAUGAACUUUUCUUGAACAAAUAAACAGACGUGGAGUAUGGGCAAAUUCCAGUCAAAACUUGCUUCCAGACGAAGACAGAGUCCUGAAGGUGGUAGUUUGGCCUCCAAUGUGCUGACCUGUCACAGGGAGCUCCACAAAACCAGACUGACAGAGAACUUGUAUGUAGAAUUGAGGGCGAACAAGUCUAACCGUAACUGCAACCUCAAAGUGGUUCUGCCACCAAAGAAGACACCUGACAGAGGUAACAGCGUCCAUUUCCAGGUCAACAAACAGACAAAGAAGAGGAGCAGCCAUGCUGGGGUCACAGAGUGUAACGUGGUGCCUGAUGAGGACACUCAGCAAGAGUGGGUCUUCACACUGUACAACUUUGACAACAGUGGAGAGGUCACCAAAGAAGACAUGACCAGUCUGAUUCACUCCAUGUAUGAGGUCCUAGAGGCGUCGGUCAGGCCGCCUUACGUCGGCACCACACCCCUGAAGAUAAGGCUAGUUGUAACUCCGUCAGCUGACCCAGAGAAGAUCUCACAAAUAGCAGCAGAGAAGGAGCAGAGUGCGUCUCGGGAGGCAGGAACUCCAGUAAGAGGACUUUAUUGUGUGGAUGAAAACAUAGAGCGCAGAAACUUCUACUUGGAUCUAGCUGGCAUUGAAAACUAUUCCUCCAAGUUUGACAAUACAGAUUCCCCCUCUCAGGAGCGCAGUCAGGAUGCUCACUCUGCUGUUAAGCACCACCCUGUGUUGAUCAGAGAGAACUGCACCUCCCCUGACUCUCCCAGAGGCCUCUCUGUGCCUCACUCCCUGAAAAGCAAGGCCGUGUCAGCGGGGAAAGACAGGAACGGAGGAGAGGGAAAGUCCUGCAGGGUACAUGGCCAACACCCUGCUUCAUGGUGCCAUCCUUCCCAGUCUCAGCCUGCAGCACACAGCGUGCUGCACCGUAGUCACAGCAAGAGGCUUCGCUCCAGGGUACAAGAUACUACCUCUCACCUUAGGCCAACAGCGGGGGGAGAUAGGGAAAUAUGUUCCAACCUUCAGCCCUCCUGUGGGGCCCUGACCUCUCCGGCCCAGAGACACGAGCACCAUCACCACCAUGAGCACCAUCAUCAUCAUCACCAUCACUACCACCCUUCAUAAAUGCAUUUUAAACACAUGAGACAGCUCGUGUGGGGGGGUGAGGUGUUGUGAAUAGUGACAAGUUUCCCAGAGGCAUUCAGAUGUUGUUCCUACUUAUCUCUCUGGCGAAAUUUGCAAAUAGACACUGUGCCCGACGAAGGACGUGAGACAGCUGCUUCUA